GACCUAGAUCGACUAGAUAGUCACGAUGACACAGCGUUACCGGAUCCUUUCACACAACCAACGUAAAAAACGAAAUAUUCACAUUUAAAAGCUCAUGAAUGUUUAAACGAGCGUAAUCGGACGAUCUUCGAAUGUCGCGCGAAAUAUUCGUCUUUCUCCGAAAAAUGUAUCCGCUAUAGGGGACCGUGAAUAUCAUGAAACACGAGAAAAGGAAGUCGCGUAAAAUACGAACAUGCACGUGAAAGAUGACCGAGAAACCGCCUUUCUCGAAGAAAAAAGAGGAAUGUUCGCGUGGCCAUUGACUUCAGUUGUAGACGAUUGAUGUCUCGCGCAGCGCCAUUUCUUUUGCUCCCAACGGAAGGAUUACUUUGUGCAAGACAUCUUUUUAACGGAAAAUAAGAAAAGAAAACAAUCUGAAAUCUCCAAUGACCCGGGAAUCAAUACGAGAUAUCAAGAAUUACCGGCGAAUACAAUUAAACAGAAAAAUGUCAAAGGUCUACUCGGCGGCAGAGGUAGCGAAACACAACACGGCUAAGGAUCUAUGGAUCGUGUAUCAAGACGGCGUGUACGAUAUCACAAAAUUUUUAAGCGAGCAUCCAGGCGGGGAGGAAGUCUUGUUAAAUUUAGGUGGACAAGACGCGACGAUAUGUUUCGACGACAUUGGACACACCACCGAAGCUAUACAGCUUCGUGAGAACUACAAAAUUGGAACGGUGGUCGGUAGCCUUUCCGGAGACGCAUCUUCCCCAGGCACAUCUUCCGGGGGCGUGCAAGACACGAUAGACGACGACACCUGGGAAUACGAGCCACCGAAACACGAACGGUCACCGUGGCUACCGGUGAUGAUCGCAGUUGCUGUUGUCGUCUAUGCAUCUAUAUUUUAUUACUUCUGGUACUCGUAAAGGAAAUAAAGUCAGGAUAAAUGCGCGAUCUUGACGAAUAAAACGAUUAUUCGUUCUUACGCAUUCUAGUGGGGGUUUCUGUUCAUUCUUUCUCUUCUCUUCUGUUUGCCAAUGACACAGAAACCUGGCACGAUAAUGUAUAAUUAAUAUAGAAUAAAUGUAUUUAUUCAUAUCAAUGAAA